CCAACCUGGCGCGUCAGAGCUCCGGGCUAAUAAUAGAGCUGCACCACUCGAUUCAACCUCACUUCUUCGUAUCGUCCCUCAUCACAUAGAAAAAAAGGGAAAAUCAGGGAAAAUCGACAUUCUACUCCUUGAAUAAAUAGUGCUGGUCCCCGACUCUACCUCCAAACUCACCGAAAAUUAGUACCGUCAGCUCUCAUCCCUAACAAGACUUCACCAUGUCGGGAGGCAGCGCCGGUUUCGACCGACAUAUUACAAUCUUCUCCGAGCAAGGAAGACUAUACCAAGUCGAAUAUGCAUUCAAAGCGAUCACCGCUGCAAACAUAAUGUCGAUUGGGGUCCGAGGCAAGGAUUGCGCCGUGGUCCUUUCCCAGAAAAAAGUUCCCGACAAGUUGAUUGACCCUUCUUCCGUCUCGCACAUCUUCCAGAUUUCGCCCUCCGUUGGUUGCGUUAUAACCGGAUCCAUUGCGGAUGCUCGGGCGUUUGCGCAGCGUGCCCAGGGCGAAGCUGCCGAGUUCAGAUACAACUAUGGAUACGAGAUGCCAUGUGAUGCCGUAGCCAAGAGGCUUGCCAAUAUCAGCCAAGUCUAUACGCAGAGAGCUUAUAUGCGCCCUUACGGCGUGGCAACAACGCUGAUAUCGCUCGAUUCCGAAUUCGGACCGCAGCUCUACAGGUGCGAUCCAGCAGGAUACUACGUGGGGUACAAAGGAACGGCUGCGGGACCCAAGCAGCAGGAAGCGCUUAACCACCUGGAGAAAAAGCUCAAGAACAAGGAUCACGCAGAUGGCACAUGGGAAGAUGUUGUGGAGCUAGCAAUUACUACGUUAAGCACGGUCCUCAGCAUGGAUUUCAAGAAGGGUGAGAUUGAGAUUGGAAUCGUUGGAGGCCCCCGAGCGGACGGUAAGGAGGGGUCAGAUCCGUUCUUCAGAACCCUGACGGAGGACGAGAUUGAUGAACGAUUACAGGCCAUUGCCGAGAAAGAUUAGCGGGUAAGGCGGUCGUGGCGUAAGGCUGGGUUGGGUUCGGUUCAGCACAGCUGAUUCGUGUAUGCUGACUACAACAUUAUGUUGUGGAGGCCUGGGUUCGUCAUUAUAUCCUUGUCUCCGUGUGUCACUAGUUUAGAUCUUGCAUCAACAGGACCUUUGAUCAUUAUUCUAAUCUGGGAAUCUGGGACCGGUCUUCGAAAUCCAGAAAUACAGAAACCCCAUCUUAAUCCAGCUUAGGGUGGCUAUAGCUGAAGAUGCGUAUUGAAAAUGCGCAAUUUCUUUGGGAUCCGGGCGUUCAGGUGGUGGCGAGAAGGAUGAUCUGGGGGUUAUAAAACCCAUACGGUAAAUAACUGUCAUCAAUAACCACAUCUUCAAGUGCGGAUGCGACGCAUUAGACGCAUUAGACGCAUCAGCACAUAAGUAGCCAUAAGCAUCUGAACUAAG